AUGUGCCGCCAGCCCAAGUGCAUUCCGGGCACGACGCGCAUGAAGAUGAUGACCGAUGAUAACGGAGGGAGGAAACUGAAAGUGAAAAAUGGCGAGCUGCAACAAAUCUUGCCGCGCGCUGCUGCCGGUGGUGAAGCGUCUUGUUCGCGCACUGCGGAUAUAACAACCGGUUUUCUUAUUAUUAAUCUUUCUGCGAAUUCUUUAUACUUUUGCGUUGCAGAUUCGUUCGUCAACAGCCAGGAGUGGACGAUCUCACGAUCCGUGCCGGACAUCCGGCUCGGUAUCGUCGGCAGUCUCAGCUCGGGCAAAUCGGCGCUGGUCCACCGCUAUCUGACCGGGUCGUACAUGCAGGAGGAAUCGCCCGAGGGUGGCCGCUUCAAGAAGGAAAUUCAGAUCGACAAUCAGAGCUACCUGCUGUUAAUACGGGACGAAGGUGGUCCGCCGGAGAUUCAGUUUGCUGCCUGGGUCGAUGCGGUUAUAUUCGUGUUCAGUCUCGAGAACGAGUCCAGCUUCAACGCGAUCUACACCUACUACAACCGGAUAGCGCACCAUCGGAACACGACCGAGAUACCGAUCAUUCUCGUCGGGACGCAAGAUGCCAUUAGCGAGCGGUCACCGCGCGUAAUUGACGAUGCCCGGGCCCGCAAACUGGCGCAAGACCUGAAGCGUUGCACGUACUACGAAACCUGCGCCACCUAUGGACUCAACGUGGAGCGAGUAUUCCAGGACGCCUGCCAGAAGAUUGUGCAGCAGCGUCUAUCGACCGGUUCCACGAUAACGCCGACGAACUCGCGACCGACAACACCGCAGGGCACGCGGCUCGGAGUGGCCAGCUUUCACCCCUCAGUUCCUAGCCCAACGAAUGGGUUCUCCGCGGCGAACACCGCCAGCCCGGCCAGCGCGCUUUUGCUGAGCAGCUCCUCGCCAAGUCACCACCACCAACAACCGCAGCCGCAGCCGCAGCAGCAGCAACCGUCGCAACAGCACGCGGGCAAUAUGACCUUGCCGCACCGGCAUCACGUCCUGUCCGCCUCGAGCCAUCACAUUCCGAUCAAGAUCAGUGCCGAGCUGAUCGCUUCCGAGGCGGCGCAAUCGCAGCACUUGGUCGGAUUGGCCUCCGGCGGUGGCGGCGGUGCUGGGGUGCAAAAGUGGGGAACCAUCUCCCACGGAACCUCACAGCAAGCCCUCCUGACGCUGAACGAGAAUAACAACAUUGCAAAGUUUGUGCCACCGACGCACCCGGUCUCUGGCGGCGGCGGCGGCGCUGUUGUUGGUGUGUCCGACAGUCUGCUCGGGCUCAUGGCGUCCGGGAAGGACAGCAACCUGGCGGUUGGCGGUGGUAGUACCGCGGCAAAAGAGGGAGGCAAGGAGCUACCGACACCGACCUCGACACCGACCACCUCGCGCAAGAGCCGCCGGAGAUCGAACCUGUUCAUCCCUUCGUCGUCGAAGAAGGAGCACCAGGAGAAGAUCAAAAACGGGGAACUCGGUUCCGGACGGGCCAUCCCCAUCAAGCAGGGCUAUCUGUACAAGCGGAGUAGCAAAUCGCUCAACAAAGAGUGGAAGAAGAAGUACGUGACGCUCUGUGACGAUGGCCGGCUCACGUACCAUCCGUCGCUGCACGACUACAUGGACGACGUGCACGGGAAGGAGGUUUCGCUCCAGUACGUCACGGUGAAGGUGCCCGGCCAGAAGCCUCGGGGAACGAAAUCGAUCAUCACGAACAGUGCCCUGAACAGUGCGGCAGCCGCUGCAGCGGCCAAUUCGGCCAACGGCACCAACGGUACCGGAAGCAAUGGGUUGACCGAAGGUAUCGGUGGUCUUUCGCUGGCCAAAGAUCGGAAGAUCACGGAGAAGGUGCUACUGACGGCGUUCGAUACGCUCCGCGAGCCGGUCAAAUCGAACUCGCAAACGAGCGGCGACGAGGGCAUCGUGAUAAGCAACAGCAACUCGCAAAGCUUCCUCGGCAGCGACAGUACCACCGCCGGCAGCAAGAUCGAUGCGCAAACGCCCAACGUCAAGAAGCGGCACCGACGCAUGAAGAGCAGCGGCGUGGGGAAGAACAGCGAAUACGAUGACUCUGACGGAUUUGAGUUCUACAUCGUAUCACUGGACAACAAGCAGUGGCACUUCGAGGCGUCGAGCUCGGAGGAGCGCGACGAGUGGGUGUCGGUGAUUGAGCAAGAAAUCUUCAAGAGCUUGCAGGGCAUCGAGUCGUCCAAGUCGAAACCGCUCAACCCGAGCGACAUUGCGUCGAUGCAGUCCAUUCGGAGCCGGGUUCCCGGAAACGGUUACUGUGUCGAUUGUGAUUCUCCAAAUCCAGAAUGGGCCAGCCUCAAUCUCGGUGUGCUGAUGUGUAUCGAGUGUUCCGGCGUACACCGAAACCUUGGUUCUCACAUUAGCAAAGUUCGCUCCCUGGGUCUGGACGAGUGGCCUCCCGGUCACUUGAGUGUGAUGCUGGCGAUCGGUAACAGUCUGGCCAACUCCGUUUGGGAGGCCAACACACGGGGCCGCGUGAAACCGACACCGGCUAGCUCGCGCGAGGAAAAGGAAGCCUGGAUACGGAGCAAGUACGAGGGUAAGGAUUUUUUGCCCGCCUUCAACCCAUCGCCACCGAUCGGCCAGCAGCUGUGCGAAGCCGUCGUGCGGUCGGACAUGAAGUCCAUCAUUAUAUUGCUGGCGAACGCGAGCAACGAACACAUCAACUCUACCGCCAGCAAUCGCGACCUGCGGACACCGCUGCUGUUGGCGUGUGCAAUCGGUAAUCUCGCCAUCUCUCAGCUGCUGAUAUGGCAUCACGCCAACCUGAAGCAUGUCGAUAACGAGGGUCGCUCGUGCUUGACGUUCGCCAAAGCGGCCAACUCGCUGGCGGCGGCGAAACAGGCGACGAACUCGCCGCACCACGUGAAUGUCGAGACCACGGCUGCACUGGUCGAGCUGCUCGUCAGCUUGGGUUGCACCGAUCCGGCCCCGUUCUCCGCCAGCGGGACGCUCCCGCGACGAAGGGAAACCAUCGAUCAGGCUACUUUUGAGAAGUUUUCGUCGAGCGUCAUUUAAGACAAACUCAUCAGAGUAAAACGGCAGAGAAAAGAAACAAAAGAUGGUGAAAUAAUAGACAAAUUUAUACGCAAUCUCAGUCGCGGGGACACGGGGGGUUUUGUAAAAAGAAAAUGUUAAACACGAGAUGUUGGUUUGAAAAUGCAAACAAACGUAAGACUCUGGAAAUCAGGCAGGCAGGCAGGUCCCGGGUUCGGUGGCUUAUUGUGACAUAUCCUUUGAUUUGUUGUUGUUCGAGGGACCUUGUCUCCCCCCCGAUACUUAAUCUUCCCUUCGAGCAAGCGAUAAACAAGAAAAACAACACAAAAGAGGAGGGUAGCGAAGCGAUAAAGGAAACAAUAUAUUCACCCGUUGUGAUUCGUUUGGUUUAGAUUGUAAGAAUUGUAGUUUCGGUUUACGUGUAAAGCAAACAAUAACGCUACGUCUGUAUAGGAUACGGCCAGGAGAGAAGAAAGGAUGCCUCUUUCCGUUGGUUAGUGGAUGCGCUUUGUAAAUAGUACUGUCUAUCCCGUCACCAGAACAAGGUGUUGAAAGUAUUACUAGUAGCACUGUGGAGCAGACGUUAUGGAUGGUUAUGCUGCGCCUGGAAGCGGCUGCAAAUGCGGGCAAAUUAUUUGACUAAAGUUGGUUUUGUUUUGGUUAGAUUUUUUAGUUUUAACCUUAUGCUGGCCGGAGGCCAGAAAAUAGUACGGUCUAGUAUUUGGAGUGCUGCGCAACAAUGGUGUUUAACUGUAGAGCUUUAGGCAAGCAAGGUGUAGACUCAUAUUUCGGUGAUAAUUGCAUUCAUCGCAUUCACGGUCGACUCGCUUCAAGCAUUAGAUAGCAACUAAAGAUUGAAGAGUUUAGGUAGGACAUCGUUGAAUCGGCCGAAAAGAAGCGAAAGCUUAUUAAGUUCAUUCAUCGUAUAAUAUCGAGGCUAGAACGAAGAUCAUCAUUAUAUGUUUGUUAAGUUAUAUUGUUCCUAGUUUUAGACCUUUGAAGGUGGUUCAUGCGAUCGCGAAACUAUUGUCUCAGUCGUAAGUGAAUAAUUUGUUAGACUAAUGUGCUGCUUAGACGAAUGAUUCUAGUUCCUCUUUAACAGAAAGGAAUGAUCACACAGAAAGAUCAGAAAACGUUUGAUCUCGUCUCGUUUGAACCACCGUUGUCAGUUUUACGCUUUCACCGUAGCUUUCGAUCGUUUAUUUGAAACACUUUUGCGUCAAACACCUUCCGCCAUUCGUUUUAAUCGCUCAUGAUCGCCAGAGAACCCCGGAACACGCCGGUUCGCUCACGUCAGUUCCUAUUCCUUUCGAAGUUCUGAUGGUUUCUUGUGUGGUUGGUUUUUGUUCUACACUUAGUUGGCGCAUUGAACACUGUAAAAUUGACAUGUAUUUGUUGCAGUGUAGGAAAAUGUAGUGCAUCUCGAAAAUAUGCCAAAUGUUAUACUUCAACAACCACUAUAUACAGGAUGCAAAUAUUUGGGCAGCAAACUGGUGCGCAAUUUCUUCUGUUUGUCCACCAAAUUUGGUUAAACAGUCCUUGGACUGUUGAUUUUUGUGCUGGGGAAAACCUAUGCGCAAAUCAAUCUUUUACGAAAGUAGCGCAGCAACAAACCAAUAUAGAAUCAACGUAAGCAAAUAGAUAAAGUAGAUAUUACAACUGCAAAACAAAACUCACCCACUUGCAUGUAACAACAAUUAACGGCACUUUGCGAUGAUUUGCACCAGAACCCGUAGACAGAAUCCAGCACCAACAUCUCGAAAUAGUGUAUGUUGUUCAAGAGGAGAAGAGCGGGAUUGUCCCCAUCGAUGCUAUCGGUGUAGAGAGAAGGCAUAACACAAAUAAUCGUAAACAGAAAACCUCACACAACCCAUAAUGAUGAAAACCGAUGCAAAUAUCCAAGUAAAAUGUUAACCCAACAACAAGAAAAGAGAAAUAAUGCAAAUUACAACCGUUGAAAAUCACAACCGUUUAUAAUAGCGCUUAAACUGUGAAACCGUUAGACAUAUUAGACAAGGCCUGAAUCGAAACAUACAAAUAUACAACAAGAUGUUGAACUAAUAGAAAGCUAACAAAAGUAACAUUUCAAAACUUUAUCGGUGCCGAGAUUCGAUGUGCAAACGACGACGGGAUGGGCAACAAGAUGUACACAACAGGAACCGUAAGCAAAUUUUUGAAACAAAAAUAAGAUUCCCUCUGUUUGGGGCUUCUGUUUAGACUAGUGCUGAAUUCCAAUGAUAAACCACAAGAAUUUCUCGUAUGUGAACAGUCCUGAGGUAUGCGCAAGAUCUAAUAUAU